AUGGCUAAACGUCUGCGUAGUGAGGCAGCCCUCCGUCGCCGCAAGGCUAAAGAACGCACUAGGCGGGCAUUGCUGCGGGACAAGACCCCCAAAGCGUUCAAGCCGUCGGGGCGUGCAUCGGUGCCGUCUAUCACUUCACCUCUCGGUAAAGAGACUCCUUUUGGCCCCCAUAAGAGCGUUGAUCAUUCGGCUGAUCGACGUGCUAUCGAUCUCUACAAGACGGCUUUUGCUUUGGCUGAGUCCGAGCAGGUCGAAUUAUUGGAGAAGAUUUCGGAUGGAACAGCGGAAGCCUCCAAAUGCGAUUGGGGUAAUUUGAAAGGAUCUGAACACGUUGACGAGAAUAUCGGUACUGUGGACAUAGAAAUCGGUACUGGAUCCCGACAGUGA